GCACAGCAUCCCCUCUUCUUAUAUACCCUUCAAUCACUCACUCACUCUUUCUUUUCUUCCAUACCCCGAAUCAAAGAACCAUAACCUUCAUUCACACUUUUCCCCCUACAUAUAUAUAUUCACAUAUAUAUAUCAUUGGUAAGAUCUUCCCCCGCAACCACCACAACUCCACAGUACCCAGUCUCGCAACAAACAGCACUCAGUCUCUCUCUCGCAACAAACAGCUAGCCACCACCAUCACCACCACCUUACACGAACUCGUUGCUCGGCACUCGUAUCUCGUAUACAACAACAACAACAUCACCAUGUCUGGCGGCCAAACCCCGGAACCCCGGCUUUACAUCAUGGGCAUCGGCGAUGGCUUUAAAUGGGGCAAUACCCCCUCCGAGCAUGACAAUGAUCCUUAUUAUCGUAAAGAUAACGUCAAAUGCGAGGGAGAUGCAUAUACAGCACGCUCGAAGGAGUUGGUGGGUGAGUCUUCGUCUGCUGCCUCUGCGGAUGAUGGGGGGAAGUUGAUUGAUGCGUCUUCGUCUGCCUCUGUGAAUGACCGCGAGGAGACGAGGCAAGCAGCGACGGGGGACAGACAGGGGAGUGUAAGGGGGGGAGGAAGUGAAGAUGCGGGGAAGAUCAAGUUCAGACCCGAUGCUACGGAUUUCAAACCGGGCAUGGGUGAGCAUCACAGGAUCGGUCCGAAGGUCGAGGGCGAGCACGAUGCUUCUUAAGGGGGGGGGGGGGGGGGGGGGGGGGGGGGGGGGGGGGGGGGGGGGGGGGAGCUGUUGUGGACUCCGAGGAGAUGUCAAGGGCAUUCAUCGAAUAUCUUGCCAUUGUAAUCGUAUAUCACCACCCAGUGUGGACAGGACAGGACAGGACAGGACAGGACAGCAGCAAAGGCGGAAUGUGUGCUCUUGUCCCCCGGUGUUCGACCACGGGAACGGGAGGAGGAACGGAAGGGAAGAUUUAUUCUUCGCUGUUCAAGUGCCACCUGGAUAUAUGUCUGUUGGAGAUAUACACACCUUCACGAUUUUUCUAUAUAUAUUAUCACUACUACUACUACUUCUUUUGCC